ACUGUCUCUGGCAAUGGGCUCAUCAUCCUCACUGUCUUGGUGGAUAUUCAACUCCACUGCCCCAUGUACUGGUUCCUAUGUCACCUCUCCUUAUUGGAUAUGACCAUUUCCUCUGCUAUUGUCCCCAAGAUGCUGGCUGGCUUUCUCUUAGAUAGUAGGGUUAUCUCCUUUGGGGGCUGCGUAAUGCAACUCUUUUCUUUCCAUUUCCUGGGCUGCACUGAAUGCUUCCUUUACACACUCAUGGCUUAUGACCGUUUCCUGGCCAUUUGUAAGCCUUUACACUAUGCUACCAUCAUGACCCACAGAGUCUGUAACUACCUGGCUCUGGGCACCUGGCUGGGAGGGACCCUCCACUCACUUUUUCAAACAAGUUUCAUUAUCCGGCUGCCCUUCUGUGGCCCAAACCGAGUCGAUUACUUCUUCUGUGACAUUCUUGCCAUGUUGCGGCUAGCCUGUGCUGACACCACCAUGAAUGAGCUGGUCACUUUUGUGGACAUCGGCUUCUUGGCCCUCACCUACUUUGUGCUCAUCCUCACUUCCUACGGAUACAUUGUGGCUGCCAUCCUGAGAAUCCAGUCGGUGGAUGGGCGCCACAACGCCUUCUCCACCUGCGCUGCCCACCUCACCAUUGUCAUCGUUUACUAUGUGCCCUGCACCUUCAUCUACCUGCGGCCUGGCUCAGAGGAACCCCUGGAU